GCUCAUCAUUUUCAUUCACCGGCACGAAUCAAAGAAGAGGAGAUUCGUAUUAGUCACCAUGUCUUUGAGACCUAACGCUAAGACUGAGGUUCGUCGGAACCGCUACAAAGUAGCGGUGGAUGCUGAGGAAGGAAGACGGAGGAGAGAGGAUAACAUGGUUGAGAUCCGUAAGAGUAAGCGUGAAGAAAGCUUACAGAAGAAGCGUCGUGAAGGUCUUCAAGCUAAUCAGCUACCUCAAUUCGCUCCUUCUUCUGUUCCUGCUUCUUCAACUGUUGAGAAGAAGUUGGAGAGUUUGCCUUCUAUGGUUGGUGGUGUUUGGUCAGAUGAUAGAAGUUUACAGCUUGAAGCGACUACUCAGUUCCGGAAAUUGCUUUCUAUUGAGCGUAGUCCUCCGAUUGAAGAGGUGAUUGAUGCUGGUGUUGUGCCUCGGUUUGUGGAAUUUCUCACGAGAGAGGAUUAUCCACAGCUUCAGUUUGAGGCUGCUUGGGCAUUGACGAACAUUGCGUCUGGAACUUCAGAGAAUACUAAGGUGGUCAUUGAACAUGGUGCUGUUCCGAUUUUUGUUCAACUGUUGGCUUCUCAGAGUGAUGAUGUCCGUGAGCAGGCUGUUUGGGCAUUAGGGAAUGUUGCUGGUGAUUCUCCACGGUGCAGAGAUCUUGUCCUUGGUCAAGGAGCUUUGAUUCCAUUGCUCUCUCAGUUGAAUGAGCAUGCUAAACUUUCAAUGCUGAGAAAUGCUACUUGGACCCUCUCAAAUUUCUGCAGGGGCAAGCCACAGCCUCCCUUUGACCAGGUCCGCCCAGCACUUCCAGCCCUUGAACGCCUGAUUCAUUCGACUGAUGAGGAAGUGUUAACGGAUGCAUGUUGGGCUCUCUCUUACCUUUCCGAUGGCACAAAUGACAAAAUCCAAUCUGUCAUUGAGGCAGGUGUUGUUCCUCGACUCGUCGAGCUUCUCCAGCAUCAAUCACCAUCUGUGCUUAUUCCUGCGCUUCGUAGUAUUGGUAACAUUGUCACUGGAGAUGAUCUGCAGACACAGUGUGUAAUUAGUCAUGGUGCACUUCUUAGCCUUUUGAGCCUUCUGACUCACAAUCAUAAGAAGAGCAUCAAAAAGGAAGCUUGCUGGACAAUCUCAAAUAUCACUGCUGGAAACAGGGACCAGAUUCAGGCUGUUUGUGAAGCUGGUUUGAUUUGCCCUCUUGUCAAUCUGCUUCAAAAUGCGGAGUUUGAUAUAAAGAAAGAAGCUGCAUGGGCAAUAUCAAAUGCCACUUCGGGCGGUUCUCCCGACCAGAUCAAGUACAUGGUGGAACAGGGAGUCGUGAAACCACUGUGUGAUCUUCUGGUGUGCCCUGAUCCAAGGAUUAUCACAGUGUGUCUGGAAGGAUUGGAGAACAUUUUGAAAGUCGGGGAAGCUGAAAAGGUCACAGGAAAUACCGGGGAUGUAAACUUUUAUGCACAGCUGAUUGAUGAUGCUGAGGGAUUAGAAAAGAUUGAGAAUCUGCAGAGUCAUGACAACAGCGAAAUCUAUGAGAAGGCAGUGAAGAUUCUUGAAACGUACUGGUUGGAAGAGGAAGAUGAAACUCUACCACCUGGUGAUCCCUCUGCACAAGGCUUCCAGUUCGGAGGAGGUACUGAUGCAGCCGUACCGCCAGGUGGAUUCAACUUCAAAUGAAGGAGCUGAGCAUGAUGAGUCUGAAGAGUUGAAGCAGCUUAAAGAGUUUGGGGGCACUGGUUAAAAAGGGUCUGAUUAGAGAGUCUGGUCUUCUGUGUAAAAGUCAGAUGGGGUGCCUUACUUAGUCUGGC